AUAGGGCAAUGCAAGGGUAUCAAAUCUUUGGCGUGCCAAAGAUAAAAUUAAUCUAUUAUUUCUCUUCUUUAUUCUACAGAAACAACACAGAGAGCGCCGAGCUGGUAUCUCAUUACGAAUCAAGUCUUUCGCUGCCAGAUAUAUUGCCCAUACCCUCUAAAACCUAUGACAAGAAUCGUGCACCCAAAUUGCUCGGUCAACCAACCGUUGUUUAUUUUCAUGUUACCGUGCUUUCACUGGACUCUAUUAAUGAGGAGUCUAUGACGUAUGUGACGGACAUAUUUUUAGCACAAAGUUGGCGCGAUCCCCGACUGCGAUUGCCAGAGAACAUGAGCGAACAAUAUCGCAUCCUGGACGUGGAUUGGUUGCAUAGCAUUUGGCGUCCCGAUUGCUUCUUUAAGAAUGCCAAAAAGGUGACAUUUCAUGAGAUGAGCAUACCAAAUCACUAUCUCUGGCUAUAUCACGACAAGACGCUUCUCUACAUGUCCAAAUUGACGCUGGUGCUUUCGUGUGCCAUGAAAUUUGAAUCUUAUCCGCACGAUACACAAAUCUGUUCCAUGAUGAUAGAAAGCUUGUCCCACACGGUGGAGGAUUUGGUAUUCAUUUGGAAUAUGACCGAUCCGCUGGUGGUCAAUGCUGAGAUCGAGCUGCCACAACUGGAUAUAUCAAAUAACUAUACGACAGAUUGCACCAUUGAGUACUCAACGGGCAACUUCACCUGUCUGGCGAUUGUCUUUAAUUUGCGUCGCCGGUUGGGUUAUCAUCUAUUUCACACGUAUAUACCAUCGGCGCUCAUUGUGGUCAUGUCGUGGAUAUCGUUUUGGAUCAAGCCGGAGGCCAUACCGGCACGUGUUACUCUGGGCGUUACGUCGCUGCUCACCUUGGCCACACAGAAUACACAAUCUCAGCAAUCGCUGCCACCGGUCUCUUAUGUCAAAGCCAUUGAUGUAUGGAUGUCCUCCUGUUCGGUGUUCGUUUUCUUGUCUCUCAUGGAGUUUGCCGUCGUCAAUAAUUACAUGGGACCGGUGGCCACUAAAGCAAUGAAGGGUUACUCGGAUGAAAAUAUCACAGAUCUAGAUGACUUAAAGCAUCAUCACCGGGAGUCGAUAAUUGAGCCACAAUACGAUACAUUCUGUCAUGGGCAUUCCACCGCCAUAUAUAUAGAUAAAUUCUCGCGCUUCUUUUUCCCGUUCUCGUUCUUCAUACUCAACAUUGUGUACUGGACUACGUUCCUAUGAUCUGAAUGAACUUAGGAGUUUUUAAGCAAUUAAUAAAAUUAUAAAUACAAAGCGC